GGAGCGCCGCGCGGUUGUUUUCCGGGUUCACACUCGCGCAGCAUGUAGAGGAGGCGGACCGCCGGGAGACACCUGGACCACUGCGGACACACCGGAGCCCGGACGCACGGCAUCGAUCCGCACGUAUCGAUCAGCUAUCAGGGAAGCAUGGGGAACCUGAUCAAGGUAUUAACCAGAGACAUCGACAACAACGGAGGAAACUUCUUCCUGGACUUUGAGAACGCUCAGCCCUCGCAGUCGGAGACGGAGGUGUGGGAGAAGGUGAACCAGGUACUGACGGAGGCUCAGGUCAUCCUGGAAGACCUGCAGGCAUAUCGAGGAGCAGGAGAGGAGAUACGACAGGCGAUCCAGAACCCCAGUGUGGAGGGUGUGCAGGAGAAGGCCUGGUCUGCUGUCGUUCCUCUGGUCAUAAAACUCAAAACCUUCUAUGAGUUCUCCCAGAAGCUCGAGACCAGCCUGCAGUGUCUCCUGGACGUCCUCACCAGCUCCAGCUCCACUCCCACUCAGCACCUGGAGCAGAAACAGGCUCUGGCCCGUCAGUUCGCCCACAUCCUGCACUUCACGCUGCGCUUCGACGAGCUCAAGAUGACCAACCCCGCCAUCCAGAAUGACUUCAGCUACUACCGCCGCACCAUCAGCCGCAUGCGAAUCAACAACCUGUCUUCUGAUGCAGGCAAUGAAGUCAACAACGAGCUGGCCAAUCGGAUGUCUCUGUUUUACGCCAGUGCCACGCCGAUGCUGAAGACGCUAAGCGACGCCACAUCAAAGUUUGUGUCAGAUCAUCCAGAGGUGCCGAUUGAAAACACGACAGACUGUCUGAGCACGAUGGCCAGUGUGUGUAAAGUGAUGCUGGAUACACCGGAGUAUCGCAGCCGUUUUGCCAGUGAGGAGACUGUGUUAUUCUGCCUCCGUGUGAUGGUCGGUGUCAUCAUCCUGUAUGACCACGUUCACCCGGCUGGAGCCUUCGUUAAGACCUCCAACAUAGAUAUGAAAGGGUGCAUCAGAGUGCUGAAGGAGCAGCCGCCCAGCAGCGUGGAGGGGUUACUCAACGCUCUCAGGUACACGACCAAACAUCUGAACGAUGAGACUACCUCCAAGCAGAUCAAAAACAUGCUGCAGCAAAAUUAACUCCUCAUGAAACUGGAAGGCUGCAGGAGGUCAAAGGUCUUUGGUCCACAUUUCAAAGAACUACUGAACAAACCUUUACUUAAUAUUUGUAUGUGAUUAUUGUUUGAAACUGUCAUUUUGAAAAAAGUUGUUUUGUUGUUAGGAAAUAAGAAAAAAAAAUAGAAAAAAAGGACAUAAACCAAGAAAAAAAAGGUUAGAUAUGAGCUUAAGUUGCAUUCAUGUCACACGAGGUUUACAGGGAUCGGUAUUCUGCCACCUAGUGGACAUUAACAAUAGCACAGUUGACUUAUUGUUGUGAAGUUCUUUUGCUGGUUGUUGCAUAUUUACAGAAAGUCAUGCAGAAACAUGGUAAUCGUGGCAGCGCCCCCUGGCUGCAGGGUUCGCGCAGCAUCCUGGUGAUGUCAUCAUAAAGUCUUUGAGAUCUGUAGCAUCCAGCAACUCGCCUUGGGUUAGGGCAGUAAAAAUAUCUCAGCAGCAGUGUGAUCAUCACGUGUCCUUCACGCUGUGACUGCAAGGAAUAAAACAGGAAACAUCACUGAAGGUCCAGAUGAUGAAGAUCGACUGCGGCUCAGGUACGCGUAUGACAAACAGGGCAGUUAGACCAUCGGCUGAGUGCUUCAGAUUACCUGCACCGACCUGGAGGUCUGCCUGCCGCUGAUUCUGCUCGACUCCCAUUUGUGAAACACAAAGAUAGUGAUGGACCCACAGGGGACCGCUGCACGAAUAAAAGCCCCCAACGUUCAGCGCGCGUGUUCAGCAGCUCACCUGUACUCUCUCCUGCGACGUGAAUGCAGCUCGGACAGCCUUUACAGAUCAGGUGAGUCCACCUGUUUAAAGUGCUCCAGUAGUUUCAUCACCACAUCAUCACAAGGACUGUUUCCAGAAACAAAAAUCUUCCACCAGAGGAAACCUUUUUGAUUGAAUUCCUCGGCUGCAGUUCUUACCUCAAAGAAAAAACCCUCUGUGGUUCAUUCGAAGGCCCGUUCCUCUUAAAGCGGCAUAACGGGAACAAAACGUCUCAGCGCUUUGGAAACUUUUAAAUCUGAAACACGAACGAACCCUUCGCGGUCCUGAGGAGUUUUUACUCUCCUCUGUUUGUUAAACUCUUAAAUUAUUUUUUUCAGUUUUGUAAAAUGAGAAUUGGUUCGUUUUUAGGGCUUAAAGUGUUUUUGUUUCCACAAUCUUGGCAAUCGCCUGAUGUCACAGCAAACAAAAUCAAAGCGCAGCGAGAACCGCCCAUUGUGACCCGACAGCCGUGUGCAGGCAGGUCAGGUUAUGGUCAGCUGAUCCAAAGGUCACAGCCAAUGAGCAUCUGGAAAACUGAUUUAGGACGCAAACGGCAGCCUUGUGCGACCGUCUGCCUGCAGAGGCUGUUUCAGCCUUUGAAGCAGGUUGACUGUAAAUCAGAGGAUUUCUCAGUGUUUAACUUUUGUGUUUUAGUUUAAAAACAACCUCUUUGUCUUAUGAAUGUGCUGACUUCUGAAAAUCAUACAGAAGCUCUGAAUUAUUUGAUGGUACUUUGAAGGUCCUUUGGUGGGAAAGGCUUUAAUUCCUCAUUUCAAACAAUUUCAUGUCUGUUCUCUAAACUCAGCUGAACUCGUGUUUCUUUUGUAAAGCGUAAACUGAAAUGUUUUAUUUGAAAACAGGAGAGUGUUUAAUUACCGGGGGGAGGGGAGGGGCUGAGAGUGGGGGACCAGCCAACCAAAGAACCACUGUGACGAGGAGGCGGAGGCGGUACUGAAACGAGGGACCCGUCAGACCGACGUGGACUUUUUAGAAAUCCCCGCAGUGGCCCGGCUGACCGGAAACUCUGAGCUUUUUGUUUUGCUUUGUGCGUUGUUGCGGCCGUUUCAGGGAUUUUACGGCAUUAAGUGUAUUUUACCGAUUGUCUGUCAGCCAAAUAAAGUUUUUACAUUUUUAAGAA